AUGAAUACACUGGAAACAAGUGCUGGUGUGAUUUAACCUUUUCGUUACAAAAUGAUUUUCAUUAAUAUUAAUUUCAUUAUUUUUCUAAUUUAACCUUUUUAGGACAUUAUAUAAUAGUUCCGAAGAAAGUGCCCGAGUUUGUAGUUCCAGACCUUACGGAUUUUGAAGUAAGUUUUCCUGUUCAUCUAAGUCACAAUGUCAAGAUGGUUCGAGUCUUGUUUUUUUGAUGUCAGUAUUUAUUAUUAGCAUGACAAAAUUACUGGAUGCUGAUUGGUUAAGAGGAGUACAGUUAUUUCAUUAAUUGUACUGCAGUACAAUUAAUGAUUUUCCCAAAACAAACAAAAUGGCGGAAAGGUAUUUUAAAUACAAAUGUGAAAUAUAAUUGCGCUAGAGGAACUAGAUACGAACAAAAGCACCAAAUUUUGCUUUAACAAAAGAACUAAAUGAAAGUACGAACAAAAGCACCAAAUUUUGGUUGAAAGUCUUGCAGGACUGGGCUUUGGCGAGAGAAUAUGAUGUUGACAUUGAGAACUGAGAAGUAUCCAAUUUUGUCAUGCUAAUAAUAAACAAUUUUGGCAAAAUUUGCAAACAUCACUCGUACUAUUAAUCCCUAAUUGUACUCGCCAUCGCAUGAUUACCUAUACUUAGUAUAAUUACAUAGGUGAUUAUUGAAAAUUCUCCACGCUGAUUGGUUGCCGUUGAGGUGAUUAUAACGCGAUAAUCACCUAAGCGAUUUUCAAAAUGGCGGCCGAAGCCGUUUUGUCAAUGAAAUGACGAAGAAAUAUGUAUUUUUUAUUUUUUUCCAAAUAAUCACCUAUGAAAUUAUACUAAAACAAUUAUUCACCUCAGGCUCGGUGAUUAUCGUGAAUAAAAACCUCGACUUCGUCUCGGUUCUUAUUCACCAAUAAUCACUUCGUCUUCGGCGAAUAAUUGUUAAAUAAUAUCUUAUGAUCUUACGUCUAAUCGGAGCGAUUGACCUCGUAGCUCCAUUAGUGGAAUAACCAAAGGUCGCGGGUUCGAUACCCACCGCGGUCAAGGUGUCAAGCAUUUUUUCAACAGUGUGGAUAUCACGGGUGGAAAAUAUUAGGGGGCGGACAAAAGUUUGCAAAGAACUUUCAAUUUUCUUACUAACAGGAUUCGUACAAAAGUUGAAAAAAAUUCAAGGCCUCGAAAGGCCUUGGAAAGAAUUGCUUGGAAGUCCUUAAAUUCUUCAUACUUUAGUUUUCGGGUAUUUUCUGACGCGCUGCAUGAUAUACAUUAUAUCGAGGCGGGUAUAGGCCUAGCAAAUUGCCCUAUUUUUAAGUAGAAUCUUCCCGACUAUAAACGCAGCCCCUCCACCUACCUCGUACGCCUAUGCAUUAGCGUCAUUUAAUAUCCAUUCUGAUUGUUUUAACUUGUUUACACUCUAGUUGAUGCCAUACGUGUCGUACCACUCUCCAAAAGUCGUUUGUCCACCAGUGAAUGAAAACAGUUUACUACAAGAGAUAACAGAUAAUCUACAGAAUAUUCGAUUUAAGGAAACACCAUAGUUCAAGAAAUUCCCCAGGAACAGAAAUUAUGUGGAUGGCCUUCAUUGGAAGAAGUUUAUUGUUGUAAGUACAGCGUGUCAAGACAAGAACGUGUGACUGCAUGUGAAAACUAGUUUCCAAUCACUCUACAUGCAAUUGCGCUUUAAAGACCUGGAACAUGACCUUCAUUGGUUCAUUAAGCAUUAUGGAGCGGCAGACAGUGAUCAACCUGAGAACUGUUGAGAUAUUUACAACCAAAUACAAGAAUAAAUACGACGUUUUUGGUCAACACGGAGGUCAGAUUGUCGAGGGGGACUGGAUUAAAACUAACUGUGUUUAUAUCAGUUUGUUGUGGUAAUCUUCAAGAAUUCAACGAGCGCUAUGAUGCAAAAUUCCGCCAAAAUUAGUUAUAUCAAUAUUCUGGUGACGUCCGUGUUGACAAAAACGUCCGUGUUGACAAAAACGUCCGUGUUGACAAAAACGUCCGUGUUGACAAAAACGUCCGUGUUGACAAACACGUGGCUUGCUUAAGCCCACUACUAUGCUCUAUAUGUCACGUACUAUUCUCUAUAUGUCACGUACUAACGUUUAUAUCUGAUUAUGCUGAUAUCAGUGACAGAGAAAUGCAGUAUAAAUACCAUACAGUAUUGAAUUCGUUUGCAUAGAGACUUAUAUUAAACCUUCUGUAUAAUAUGUUUAUUAGACCGCGCUGUUUUACAAGAUAAAACUAAAAAUGUUCAUGAAAAGUUUGUUUCUCAAUAUGGUAAACAUAUUUAUAAAUAUGAUCAAA